AUGUGUACAAAACCCAUAGACGGGCCAGAAAUACAGGCCCUACUGGCCCUUCACCCGCACCACAACAUCACUCAACACAACGGGCAACGUAUCUACAGCCGGUACAGCCCACUCACACCACCGGCGCCGGGCUGUGAGCUAUUCAUACGGGGAUUGCCAUCGGAUUACUACGAGGACGAGUUGCUACCAGCGCUCGAACAGGUGGGCGCCGGACCUGUGGUCACUCUACGUCUAAUGGUAAACUUCAGCGGCCGGUGCCGGGGCUACGCCUUCGCCGAGUACAGCAACCCAUGGGCCGCUCGAGUGGCCAUUAAUCUACUCGACAACCGUCCCAUCAAACGCAGCUCCGGGACUCCCAUCAGUGUUAAGCUAUCGCACGAUAUACGGACCCUAAGCGUGGGUAAUGUGCCCAACGAUUGCCCUCUCAGGGAGCUGGGGAUCGGGCUGUCAACGGCUACAGACGGUGUGGUUACGGUACGGGAUGUGGUGACCGCCGGUGUUAAGGGCCAGCGGCAGCUGGUAGUCGAGUACAAGAGCCACUACUCGGCCGCUAUGGCCCGUCGAGUGUUGGCCCAGGGUUUGUAUGUCGGCGCCAAUCGGUUGACGUUUGAAUGGCUGUCACCGGGAGAUACGGGCGAUGAUUGCGAUGAGAUCCGUACGCUAUGUGUCCGUCGGUUAGACCUGCGCUCCCGGAGGCAACUGUUGACCGAUUUGUUUGCAUUCAACGGCGCCCUACGUGUGGAUGGCGUACGGAUUGUACAUAACUUUUUGGCAUUUGUCAGAUUCCGGACCCGUUUGGAGGCACAGAUGGCUAUGGAGUGGACGGCACCGGUAGCUCAAUCUUAUAAGUUUGAUAUAUCAUGGGCAAUCGCAGUGUUGGACACGCUAUACAGUAUGCCCGGUAAGGUUGGCUGGUAUAUGGCCACUGUUAUAAUCACGAUCAAACCUAUUAAGGCCGAUAUCCUACCAUGCCAACACUGGUGGGACUCCCGGUGCCGGACAUCACAGCAAAUAUGCGCAAAAACGAGGGCUCAAUACCCAUGA